AUGGCAUCAAGCUCAAUGUCCUCUCGCGGUUCGGGCUCGUGGACUGUUCAGCAGAACAAAGCCUUUGAAAGGGCUUUGGCUGUGUAUGACAAGGACACACCUGACCGUUGGUACAAUGUAGCGAGGGCAGUUGGUGGAAAAACUGCAGAAGAAGUGAAAAGGCACUAUGAACUCCUCCUGGAGGAUGUGAAGCAUAUUGAGUCAGGCCGUGUUCCUUUCCCUAAUUACAGGACUACUGGGGCAAAUGGCCACGCAAAUACUGGUGAGGAAAAGAGAAGGGAUCUACUGUUUAAAAUUAUUCUUUUUCAAGCAAUUUUUCUAGCUUUUAACCACUUGGAUAUUGACUCUCAAAUGGCUAAACCUGUGCAUCUACAAUCCAAACCAAAAUCCAAGCUUCCACCAACAGGAAUAGAUAGCGCCCUCAUGAAGACUGCUGGCUUUAAAUGGUCCAAAUUACGUGCAGAAAUGAUAGUCUUGCGAGAAAAGAGAAAGAUACUGUACAAAAUUAUUCCAAAUUAA